GCUACAAUUAUGGUCACCACGUGGAUUUAUUUAACGAACAUGCCUACACUUUGCAACCCACCUAUUUCUGCUACCAGUCUUUGGAUUAAAGCUGUGCGCCUUAUUUUAUUUCAACAGAUUUAUGGUUUCUUGGUCCUCAGAAACAGAGUGAAAUCAGAUCCAUACGUUGUUCUAGUGGACAGAUGGCCAGGGUUCAGUGUAAUUAUCUGCAAACCCAAGUAUGAACAGAAAAGUGAUCUAUUCAAAGACACAAUGGUUUUUGCAAAGGAUGAAGUCCUUCUCAUGGAAACGAUAAGGAAAACCUCUGUAAUUGACUGGAGCAGGUAUCUUUGUCUUGGGAUCAGUCUUCCACACAUGGAAAUCAUUAAAUCAGCUGCAUCAGAAAGGAAUGUUCCCAGCUACAAACUGUCCAUUUGUCACAUGAUGAUCCUGGACGAUGCAUCCAAGCUACCCGCUAUAGACUGCUCAGGGAUCCGCCUGAACUCUCUGGAUGAAUCCCACAUCGACUUGGUGAAUCAGACAUGGAAGUUUUCAAAGAACCAAGAGGCUGUUAGGAUGAUCCGCAACAUGGUUACAAACUUCCCGUCCUGCUGCGUGAUGGAUGCCGAAGGAAAGCCUGUGUCCUGGAUGUUGACCUAUGUGUCCUGUGCCCUUGGAAUGCUGUAUACUUUGCCGGAGCACAGAGGGAAAGGCUACGCUAAAGUCCUGAUUAGCAGCAUGGCUAAGAAACUCAUUGGUCAGGGAUACCCGGUGUUCUGCUUCAUAGAGGAGGAGAACAAAGUCUCCUACAAGCUCUUCAAAAGCAUGGGCUUCUCAGAGGACCCCUCUUAUAGAGAAGCGUGGUUUGGAUUCAAUCAUUUAUAAAUGCUUCCAUACAAGAACAUCAACUUAUAUAUUAGUUGAAACAUAAAAAAA